AUGGAGAUGGAUGAACUCAAGCAGAAGAGAUGGACUAACGGCAGUGAGGCUGAUCACCCAGGAGACUGGCAUGUGACGGGAGGCGGCUUCGAUCACCAUAACUGUGUUAGUGUGGCUAAGCCAUCACGAAUUCAGUUAGUCAUCAACCCUGUGGACCGUGGUGCACUUGCAGCUAACCCAGCUAUGUCAACCAGCGCUCUCGUCGCACAGCUUCGACACCGAAAGAAGGUAACAGCGUCACAGCACGUGAUGUAUCGCGCCAAGGACUGUAUGAUGGCAGAGCUUCACGAUGGAGACCCGCUGAACAUUCGCCUCUUGCCCAGUCUGUUGGCAGAAUUUCAGCGUCUGAAUACUGGAGUGUUGACGGAGGUUUAG